AUGAAAAUCCGCAACUACAUCUUUGGCAAAGUAACAGAUCCGUAUAGCCACAUUGAGAAGAUAAAGGGGCUGUUAGAUUGGCCUGCGGGAAAUAUUAAGAGCAAAUGGAGGGCCACAAAUUUUGUGCAGAGUUGUGUGCGAAGGUAUGAUGAGGAAGUGGAGAAGAAAAGUUACAAAAUAAAAUAUCAUGUCCAUGCGUCGUUGCGGGAGGACUUCCUCCCCUCAGAGGGAAACAGAAAUGAGGAGCUCCUUUUCAGUAACAGGUACAUAUACUUUGAACAUGACAAUGGACAGAAUAUACUAGUGUGUAGGAAAAAAAUUAGAAGAAAAUUUUCGACAAAUAUUUAUUUUCAUAAUAUUAACAAAUCGUUGGAUGAUUUAAAGAGGGAAGGUUACAUCUCGAAGGAGAUCUCCGAAAUUGUCGCCAUCCUCCCAAAGAAUUGUUUGAUAAAAUAUUUUUGCACUAAAGGGAAUCGCUUCUCUGCGUUUGUUGUGGAGCGUAGUGAUUGCUAUGUCAACUGGGGUUAUGUCUUUCGGGGGAGUUGUCUCGUUAGGGACGCCAACUUGGAUCAUGCCACAUAUGUGCCUGACUCAAGGGGGGGUCUUUCCCCUGGAGGAAAUGACAGACGAGGUCCAUUUAGGGUGAGACCUCCGAAAGGGGGUCGGUCUAGGGGAGUGCAGAACGUUCCCCUCAAAGGUGCCCAUCCGUUCGCUGGGCAGUCAAAGCGCCCCCGCCAUCAACUCCUUUACCAGCGCGAGGGUGUGCAGAACAUUGUAUUUCUUCAGACGAGAUAUUCCAAGGAUUUCUCGCCUACCCAUUUCUACGCACCCGAUUUUCUCACAACCGAACUGGAUGAGAAGCACCGGUGCAGUCGGUUAUUCCUAAACUCAUCUAGUUCCUCCCCCCCUGGAAAAAAGAAGCUCCUCCUCUUCGAAGCAGACGAGAAAAACUUUUUAAAUAUAUACCAAAGUAAAGACAUGAAAAAGAUUUUCCUCUUGAGCGGAAAUCACCAUACGAAUAAUCUCUUCCUAAUUCAGUGCAAAGAUAAAUCAAGGAAAGGGAUUCCACAUUAUGAGUUAAGGUUAAUUAAACUGGUAGGAAGGAUUCUUUUACGAGGGAAAUACUUUCUUGAACACUUUCGCCAUCAUGUUCUCCUCAUAAAUAAGGGGCACGAUAAAACAGAAGUGUUUACUCUCCAUUGUGAUGCGUUACCUCUGCAUUCUGGGCAAAUGGGACGAGUUAAGAAACGCCAAAAGGAGAAGAUCUUUUUCCCUACCCACUCGGUUCAUAUAACGAAGGAGGAAGUAUCCAUGGAUAGCCGUUUACGGAGAAUAAUAAUUUUACAGAACUGCAUACUUCAGGAUUUCGACAUGAACAAGUAUGGUCUCGUGCUUUACACGUAUCGGUAUUUUUUAAAGCCUUUUAUAUGUGUCUUAUAUUUAUUUGUGAAGCGGGGGGGGAAAUGCAUCCCCAUGAUGUAUCCCCCCAUUUGUGGUGAAGGGUAUUCCCUUUCCACCUCGUUCACCCCUCCCAACCGCUAUGUGUAUCCACAAACAGGAAUUAACAAACGGAAGGAAAACGUAAGGGAGACCCGUUUGGUAGCGAAAAUGAAGGUUUUCUCUGUGCCCAUCAUCAAAGGAAGCAUACAGUGCGGAUUGAACAACCUUUUCCAAAGCCACAUCAUAAGUGUGUACAUCUGCAAUCCCUUUGUGAGCAGUACCCGAGUGGUGAUCGAUCUGAGGAGGGGGGUAGUGGCCCUUCCCAGAAACAUCCAAAUGAGGAGAACAAAUCUAACAGAUGGAAAUCCGGCAAAGGAAGAAGGAAACACAUCCUUCUUCCGAGCAAAGAACAACAUUCUCUACGACCCUCAACUUGAGCAUAUAUUUGCAAAAAAUAAGAAGUACAAAAUUAAGGAUAUCUUUAUUUGCACUGAGGAAGGAAGAGAGUUACCAGUCACGUUGAUCUAUAGACACGAAAAUAAUGGGAACCUGUAUGACAUCGGAAAAGAAUCUUACAAAUUUUUUUCCCAACAUGUGGAAGAGGAAUGUACCUCCUUCACUGUGACCACUACUUCGUUGGGAAGUCUGUGCGUGAAUUUUUGUUCAGCAAAAAAAUGGAGCAUAGACGUAGGGAUAAAAGUGGAAGAACAUCUACCCCUAUUCAUUAAGCCAAGCAAAACAAUCAUCAACGUUUACCCAUUCUAUCGACAACCCAACAUUUGCAGCUAUUCGGAUGAGUCCCAUUUUUACCUUCUGAAUAAUUUCAUUGUAGUUUAUUUUCACCUGAACGGUUCAGGCGGAUUACAAGGAAAGAAAAAAAAAACACUGUGUAAAAGUGUCAUGCUAGAAAAAGUAAUAACCAUUCGGGACCUCACAGACUCUAUUAAUUGCUUGAAAUAUUUGAAUGUAAGUGACACGGAAAGUAUGUCCAUUUAUUUACACUCCAACAGUGGUCUCCUCGGGGGGUUCCUCCUAAAUGGACAGAGGAAAUUCCUUCAAAAUGUCAUCCUCAUUAACCCCAUGAUGGAACUUUUUAAUAGUCUCACCGAUGAAAAGAAGCCACACGUGCAUUCGGAGAGACUGGAGUUUGGUCACAUCGACCCCAAGGAUUUUCUGCUCACUGGUGUACAUGUCACUCAUUCUAAGAGGUUAUCAAAACGGGGGAGAAGAGCAAAUCCUCCGAAAGGUGUAGAUACACACAAUCAAUACAGAUCGAGGAAGAGUGGAAGAUUUCUCCCUUUCCGGAAGAAUGGCAUAUGCCCUAGCAAACCUAACAUGAAAAUAUUACGCGAGUGGCAGAACAACCUGCUCCUUCUCCACGCACUGUGUCCAUACAACAACAUAGAGCCAACUUACAGCGAAGUCUUCUCCACCCUGAAGCAAUCCGACGACACGACCACAUUCAAACUUAGCGUAACCAACCAUAGGGACAAUCCAUUUACAAGUUCUGUUCUCCUCUACCUAAACAAGUACGACAUCAUAUGUCCAAAUGUUAAUUCGGUGAAAUAUUUUGUAAAAUACACUCAUUAUAAGAGAGUGCAUGUGCGAUUCUGUUACUACUCUUCUGCAUUUCAUUAUAUGGGAAACGGGGUGAACUUCCUUAAAUACCACAGUGGGGAUGGCAAGGAGGAGAGGCACAAGAAACCCUUGUACAUUUCUUUCUGUGACCACGGGGGGCAUGGCGGCUUCGCCGACUACGACACUCUACUACGCCGCACGCUCGGCCGAAUCCACUUUCACCUCGGUGGGGAGUUCUGUCAGGCAGUAUGA